AGAAAAAAAGCAAGCAAAAGAGAAAAAAAAAUCAAUCCGUCAGAUGCAUGUUAUGUGUUUAAUAAUAGCUACUAUGAGUUGUGUGCGCGGAUUAAAGUGCUGGAUUUGAUUUCUUUCCCUUUCCAAUAACCCGGUGCAUUUUAGAAAUGCAUUAUAAUAUACAUGCAUAUGCUGUGACGCUCUUAUUUACUGUCAUUUAGGUGGUCGGCGCGUGCUCUGAUGUGAUGAUUUCUAUUGUGACCUUGAAUAUGCAGUUCUAAUGCAGCGAAACGAGGAUUAACGGACGGAAAUAUUGGCAGAAACGCUCUUCAUCUUGUUACGGUCGUCUACUCUGAUUAAAAUUUGAUUAAAGGUUGAGUUCAUAAAUCCAUCAGGCUCGCUGAAACUGUCGCAUUCUCGGCCUGUUUUUCAUGGGAAUAUAUUUGGCAUCGUAGAAACCCUCAAGAGCUCAAAACAUGCAGGAUGAUUUACUGAUGGACAAAAGCAAAGCUCAGCCUUACCAGCAUCAAGACCCGUCAAAUACAGAGCCUCCAUCCACCCCGACCCCCUCCGACCCUCCGAUCCUGGACGAGCAGAACCACGUCGGUCACUCCGAGCGGGUCGCCAUGGAGUCUCCGGUAUUACCGGGUUUGGGUUUCCCUCAGGAUUCCUCUCUCUCACCGUCGUUCGGUAGCACUUGGUCCACCAACACCGUAGACGAGGGCUUUUUCCAAGGUAUUCCGUCGGUAAACGGGACGAUGCUUUUUCAGAACUUUCCCCAUCACGUCAACCCGGUGUUUGGAGGUAGUUUUUCUCCGCAGAUGAGAAGAUCCCCGAUGAGUGUGAACCAGAGGAACCCUUACAGCCACCAGACCCUCAUCAAUAAAGUGUCCGCAUCGUCCGCUUCUUCGUCCGCCUGGAAUAACCAUCAGAACGCGGUGUGGAGCUCCGCGGCGAACCCCUGGAGCGGCAGAGACCCGCGGAGAGCGCUCGGGCUGGGCGUCCCUUCUCCGCUCAACCCUAUCUCCCCGACGAAGAAGCCCUUCCCGAGCAAUGUCAUCGCGCCUCCGAAAUACCAGAGACCCGGAGCCAUGCAGAAACCCUGGAUGAUCUCAGAACCUCCGGAACCCUUCAGAACCGACAACAGCAACAACAUGCUGCCAUUUCAGGAACGGAAUCGACCCUUUGAUCCAUUCAGCUUGCAAACUUUGGAGAAUUCCUUAAUGGACAUGAUUAUGACCGACCAUGACAAAGGUAAACAUCACCCUGCCGCUGGCCCACCAAUGACUAUCGCUGAUAUUUUAUGGAGGAAUCAUUUUGCAGGUCGCAUGGGUCUCAACUUUCACCAUCCUGUAGCUGAACAUAUAUUACCACCGAACACCAGGAGUUAUGGUCGCAGAAGAGGUCGCUCUUCACUGUUUCCUUUUGAGGAUGGCUUCUUGGACGACGGUCAUGGUGAUCAAGCGCUGACCCCUGGCCUGAGCUCCCCCACCCGCUGUCAGAACGGAGAGAGGAUGGAGCGCUACUCCAGAAAGGUGUUUGUCGGUGGACUCCCACCCGACAUCGAUGAAGAUGAAAUUACCAACAGUUUCCGUCGCUACGGUCACCUGGUGGUGGACUGGCCUCAUAAAGCAGAAAGCAAAUCCUAUUUUCCUCCUAAAGGUUAUGCUUUCCUGCUCUUCCAGGAGGAGAGUUCAGUCCAGGCCCUCAUUGAUGCCUGCAUCGAGGAGGAUGGGAAACUCUACCUGUGUGUCUCGAGCCCCACUAUUAAAGAUAAACCAGUCCAGAUUCGCCCGUGGAACCUGAGUGACAGUGAUUUCGUGAUGGAUGGCUCUCAGCCUCUUGACCCACGCAAGACCAUCUUUGUGGGAGGCGUUCCACGACCUCUACGUGCAGUGGAGCUGGCUAUGAUCAUGGACAGACUGUAUGGGGGUGUGUGUUACGCUGGCAUUGACACUGACCCAGAACUCAAAUACCCCAAAGGGGCGGGCAGAGUGGCCUUCUCCAAUCAGCAGAGCUACAUCGCUGCCAUCAGCGCUAGAUUUGUCCAGCUGCAGCAUAAUGACAUUGACAAACGGGUGGAGGUGAAACCGUACGUGCUGGACGAUCAGAUGUGUGAUGAAUGUCAGGGCGCUCGCUGCGGAGGAAAAUUCGCCCCUUUUUUCUGUGCCAACGUCACCUGUCUGCAGUAUUACUGCGAGUACUGCUGGGCGAGCAUCCACUCGCGCGCCGGCCGUGAGUUCCACAAACCGCUGGUGAAGGAAGGUGGAGACCGACCUCGGCAUGUGUCCUUCCGCUGGAGCUGAUGACAUCCGUCACAUCGCCCCCUCUCCACCCACCAAACACCUUCAACACCAUUACCAGUAACCACACAUGGAUCUCCCCUCUCAUCUUUUGUUUUUAGAAAACAAAUAUCAUGAUAUCUCUGUCAAGUAUAUUCUCUGCUUACGAACAUUUAGGAAAAUAUGAAUUUUGAGUCUGCGCGCUCAAACGUUGCACUUUGGCACAAACAGUCGAUGUUAACGCUUAUCAGGAUGUUGUGCUUUAAUCUCUCAUUAUCCUUCGUUUGAUCGGUUUAGUGCUCCAUAUAGGUAACAUUAGGCAGUGUGAGACUAUAUACAUAAUAUAUACAUUUACAAAAAGGAUAUAUUUUUAUUUUAUAUUUAUCUAUAUACACAUAGAUAAUACAUUUUGGGUGUCAGACUUUUUAAAGGAGCAUGCACUUAUUGUGAUGAAAGAGUGAUAGGAAAUUCCCCUUUAGAUGAUGACAAAAAAAAAGAGUUACCAAAGGUAAAGUUAAUUCAUUAAGAAAAUCAUGUCAGGUGAGCUGUUAAAAAACACCCAAGUUAUUAAAGUAAACAACCAUUUGCUUUCCAUGUUGAAAUGAAUAGUAAUACCUCAUGCAUGCAUCUCUUUCUGUUCGCUGAGAUUUUUUAGGCUUAUUUUUUUAUACAUUUUUUAGUAUUAUCUACAUGUAAUUCUGCAAUAGCUUUGCUGCUAAAUCCAUGGUAUGAACCCAUACCGUCAUAAUUUAUUCAGGUGGACGAGCGCUCCGAGGGGUCUGCACCUGCACCGAAACUGCAUGUAAAUGAAUCUGCGAUGCAUGCUGUAAAAUCGGGCAUCACUUUCAUUUCCCACAUGAGACCGGCCAGAUGACAGUGCUUAGGAGCUCUUCAGGGAACAUGAUAAUGGGAAAAAAAUAUAAGAGGGGAGGAAAAAUUCUCAAUGCUUUCGCGUUUGCUUGUAAAAAUUGUCUUACAAAAGUAUUGCUUGUCCCCCAAUUAAUUUUGCAUUCGUUUGCAUUCGCUCGCAAAACAUUUUUUUCCGUUUGCUCAAAAAAAAAAAAUUCUAUUCGCUUGCAUAACAUUUGCAUUUGCUCGAAAAACAUUAGCGUUCACUCACGAAACAUUUGCAUCUGCUCGAAAAACGUUUGCUUUCUCUCACAAAACAUUCACGUUUACUAGAAAAACAUUAGCGUUCGCUCGCAGAACACUUGAGUACGCUUGCAAAACAUUAGCAUUCGUUCGCAAAACAUUUGCGUUCCCCGAGAAACUGUUCGCUCGCAAAUCAUUUGCAUUUGUUAAAAAAAAAAAAAAAUUUCAUUCGCUUACGAAACAUUUGUUUUCUCGUAAAACAGCGUUCACUUGCAAAGAGUUAGCGUUCGCUAGCAAAAUAUUUGCGUUCCCAGAGAAACUUUGUGUUCGCUCACAAAAACAUUCACGUUUGCUCAAAAAAACAUUUUUGUUCGCUUACAAAACAUUAGCGUUCGCUCGCAAAACAUUUGCAUCUGCUUAAAGUUCUCUCACAAAACAUUUGAGUUUUCACAAAAAACAUUAGCGUUCGCUUGCAAAACAUUUGCGUCCGCUUGCAAAACAUUUGCGUCCCCUUGCAAAACAUUAAUGUUCGCUCGCAAAACAUUAGCGUUCCCUAAGAAACUUUGUUUGCUCGCAAAACAUUUGUUUGCUCGAAAAACAUUAGUUCGCUCGCAAAACAUUUGCGUCCACUCGCAAAACAUUAAUGUUCGCUCGCAAAACAUUAGCGUUCCCUAAGAAAAUUUGUUUGCUUACAAAACAUUUGUUUGCUCGAAAAACAUUAGUUCGCUCGCAAAACAUUUGCGUCCACUCGCAAAACAUUAGCAUUCCCUGACAAACUUCGUGUUCACUCGCAAAACAUUUGUUUGCUCAAAAAAAAAACAUUUUUGUUUGCUUACAAAACAUUUGUUUGCUCGGAAAACAUUAGUCCGCUCGCAAAACAUUUGCGUUCAUUCGCAAAACAUUAGCACUCCCUGAGAAACUUUGUUCAUUCGCAAAACAUUUGUUUGCUCAAAAAUAACAUUUUCGUUUGCUUACAAAACAUUUGUUUGCUCGAAACAUUUGCGUUCUCUCGUAAAAGUUUUGUGUUCUCCAGAGAAACUUUACGUUUGCUUGCAAAAACACCAGUGUAUAUAUAUAUAUAUAUAUAUAUAUAUAUAUAUAUAUGUAUAUAUAUAUGUAUAUGUAAUUAUUUUUUCUCCCACAACAUUUUAUUCAUCACAAAAUUUUGCAAGCGAACGGUAAAGUUUUGCGAGUGAAACCAAAAGCAAUGAAAUAUACUUUUCCUCCCAUCUCAUUGUUUUAACCAUCACCAUGUCCGUUUAGGGACUCCAAACAGAACCGCAGUGGUGUUUCAAAUCAGUUAGAUGUAGGAAAUCUUCUAGCAAAAUGUCUUUAACAGGUGAAGUAUUUUUUUGCAGUGAUUGUUCAUAGAAUUGUGCAAUUUUUAUACACUAUGUAGUUCAGUUAGACGACGCCUAGAACUGUGAUUCGCUUUAACUGUUAUUGAUGUCUGACAUGGAACGUCCUGUGAAACUAGCGUAUGUAAACAUACGGUCCCUUCUUUCGCACACUCUUUACUAGUUGUUAGCCCACGACACGCGUCCCGUCAGAACCAAAGAGUCCGGCUCGAAACGACCAAUAACACUACGUUGCACGCCAACGAUUCACAAUACUGUGUCCGACCGGUGACUCUGGGAGAAUAAGCGAACACUGGCUCUAAAUCAGUAACCUAACUUUGAGAUACUGCGGGCGGAAUAACCUUGAGUGACCGCUGCAUUUAUAUCCAGAUUAUCCUGCGAAGCUUGAAGUAGAAUCAUGACCUGCUAAUGUCAACGGUGGACAUUUUUAAACUAAAUUCAGAACAGUAGAGAGGGUGGAGAGGAACGCGAAGAAAGGCGCCUUAGCUGCUUAUCUGAGAGUCAAAAAACUGUCAGCUUUAGGGUGGCACGUUUAGUUCGUUGGUCUGAAAAAAUGACGUAUGCGAACACUGCUUUUGUACCGAUGGAGAAAAAGAGGAUUGUGGGUAACCCUGAUCCUGAUGAUGGUGAAUUCUGGGUGUUUUUGUGAUAUUUCUUUCCCUGCCCAGAUUUUUCUAUGUUUGUUCCUUCUCUGUAGUAGAUAAUAUUUGUUAUGCACUACUCUUUGUAUCUGGAUGGUUGAACAGUCAGCGUUGUUUUGUUUGUUUUUUUUCUUUAUUUUUUUAAUAGAAAAAUAUGUGUGCUUUCUGACUGAUGUAAUCUUUUGCAAUACCUCAAUUUUGAAAUAUAAUAGGAGAGAGAUUGAUAUUUUCUAAGUAAGUUUAUUCAAAUAAAGACUAUAUAUAUUAAUUUAAUUCUGCUAGAGAAAAAAAUGAUUUAACAGAUGCUUAAUUUUAUUUUUGUCAUGCUUAUUUGCUUUUAAGUUUAUUUUUGGAAAAAAAUUAAAAACAAAAACAACUGAAGGAGUUAGAGCUGUAUUAUUUGAAUACUGUAGGAAUCUGAAGUACAGACGCUGUUCCUGCAACAUCACAGUGUUCCACAAACAUCUGAUCUUAUAAAUAUUAUAAAAUAUAUAUAUUUUAUUCAAAUAUAUAUAUUCUAUAGGGUCAAUAGGCCGUCAGGUGCUUAUAAAGUCAACUGAACAUACUACUUACGUUUUUAUAUAUUUACAAUCAGUCCUUUACUAUGCUGACCAGAGUUGUGAAAUCUUCUGUUCAUUAUUUUUUUAUGUUUCGUGAAAUGAUAUGUUCCCCUUUGUUUUGUAAAGCGCACAUGCCCCGAUUUGUUAAACUUAUAUAAUUUAGGGAAAACUAAUUUGUUAUGGUUUUUGGCAAGAUGGAGAGAAAACAAUGUUCAUUUUGGGAAGCUGGAAAGAUAUUAAACGUUUCAACUUAAUGGAAAGCCUUCUACUCACCCAAGACUUGAAUUAGUCCCUUUUUUAAAGGCUGAGAACCUCGAUUCUUUGUUGUAAUGUGCAAUACUGUUUGUACUGUUUGUAAAAAAGAAAAAAAAAAAAGAACAGAAAAAGAGGCAUAUAUCUUUAUUGCAGAUUUAUUUUCAUUGCAAGCAUUGUGAUUCACUAAAAUCAUUUUCUACUGUGUAUUUACUCGACAUGCUAGUACCUUCCAGUAGUAAUGUAGCCUUUGUACGGAGAAAUUUUUUCAUUAUUUUUUAGAGAUUUUUUGCAAAAAAAAAAGAAAAAAAAGACGAGAUUUAAAACACAUUUACAUAUUUUUCAUUGUUUUUUAUUUGUGUUUUCUUUACACACUAAUUCCUCAACCAUUAAUGUUAGCUAUUUCUGGGAGAGACUUUCAUGUCUGGUCAAUGUCGUUAUUAUUUUGUAUUUUUACUUGGAAUAAAUUAAUUUUAUGGCGCUAGUUCUUAAUUUUUUUUUCCCAUUUUAUUUCUUUUUUAAGCUAAAAAUGUGUAAUACUGUUACUAAAAUGUCUAGAUUUUUUAAAAAAUGCAAAGCUUGUCAGUUUUGUUGCUUACAUUAGUGUGAUUGGAAAAAAAUUGCACACAAAAAUUAACACAAUCAUGGAUGGUAAUGUAUGUGAUUGAAAUGUAACAAUGAAUGGGCAAUAAAAAAUAAUGGCAGAAUGGAGCAAAUGUGAGGUUGUUGUGGUGAAACCCAGUCUAGACAGAUGAAACUGAGCUCAGAUAUUUCUGAAGCUCUGUAGCUCCACAUUCACAGUCAGAACACAGCAUGUGUGCGUUUAUUUAUGAGUAGAGUGUAGUGGAGUAGAUUUCAUGUAGCCAUCAUAACGGCUUUAAACAUGAAAAUUCUCUUGACUUGUGUCACUUUAAACUAACAUAAGAUUCACACACCGCAUGCAACAAAAGCAGUGAACCCAUUAUAAGCAGUGAUGCUGUCUACACUGGAUGCAGCGCGGAGCGAAUCGACAUGACAAAUUCCCCGUUCUGACGUACUUCAAGCGCUCGCGCUACUUCUGACACAUGGAUUUGCAACGGUCGCUUUGUCACGUUGUGUAGACACGGUGUUAAUCGUUUUCAUUCAAAGCAUCUUUGUCUUAAGAUUUUCCUAUAUUGCAACCAUUGAAACCCUUGAUAAGCUGUGCUGUAUAGUCAGAAAACAACCUGUGUUUAGUGACAGUUUCACAGAAAUCAUCUCUGUAAUAGCUAAUUAGGUCAUUUUGGCUUGUGUUUUUCUCUUCUACCACACUUUUAGCUCCAUGUCAUUGUUUUAAAUGCUUAAAAACCUACUUUUUCCUAAUGCAGUUUAACUUUUAAUUUCAUAUAUUUCACAUCUGGAAUGGAGAUUGUUAAUAUGGACCUCUGCUUGUCUAACUUUGCAGUAAAACUGUGAUUAAAGGAUUUUUUCUUUUUGAUCAAAUAAACGCAGUGCUGCUAAUGCUUACUAGCUUUCCCACCUUCAUGAUUUUUCCCUUUUCUGUACUAAACAGCAAAUCUUAUUAAAUGUAAUUGUAUGACA